GAAAUUAUUCCAGAUAUUCCUAAUUAUGGACGUUUACACGAGGUUUACAGGGGAUCAUCCAUGUCACUUGAUUGUAAACUUCCUGAUAAUCAUUAUUUUCCCGGUCUAACGUAUCAUUGGAGACGCAUAGAUCGUCCGCUCUCAUAUAGUACACAUGUGAAUAAUAGGGUAUUACAUUUAACUUCUAUUCAAGAUAGUGAUGUUGGUCGCUAUGAAUGCCGUAUGACCUACCCCAAUGGAUCAAUGGCAUAUGAUUACGUUGAUGUUGCCAUUAAAGCGUCACAAUCAUUACCUGUUCUGCGAUUGGAACCUCCUGUUUCAUACAUGAAUCCUGGUGAAUCCAUAGUCGUCGACUGUACAUCAUCCGCUGGUACACGAGUUCCGGUCUUGUGGGAACGAGUAGGAGGCCAACCCCUACCUUACAACAUUCGGCAAGAUGGAAACAGAUUGAUUAUACAGAAUGCUGUGGAGAUUAAUACUGGAAAGUACACUUGUAUUUGUCAUACUGAUGAGGGCCAGCAAUAUAUAUCUGAUUUUGAGCUAGUCGUUAGUUCAAGCCAUGAAUCGCAAAGCGAAACUCCAAGGGUAGAAUAUGUCGAUCGUGGCUCAACUAUAAAACUUCAGUGUAACAGCGAUAUCCACCCAACUUCAUAUCAGUGGUCUCGUCUCCUAGGUUCAUUCAAUGCGGAUUUAAAUAUAACCACUCCCAUUCUAACACUGGCAGACUUACAAGCCUCAGAUGCUGGAAUCUACAUCUGCACAACUCAUCAUAAUGGACACACUACUGAAGUUCACACAACUCUGGUAAUCAAUGGCGCUAUUCCAUUUUUCCCACAGUCACCAAAAAGCUACAUGAAAUUUAACAAAAUUGAUAACGCGUAUUCAAAGUUUAGUUUUGAGAUUUCUAUGAGACCUGAAAAAUUGGAUGGAUUGAUAUUAUAUAAUGGUCAAAAACGUCCCAAUGGCGACUACAUUUCGUUGUCGUUAAAUAAUGGAUUCCUACAAUUUAGAUUGAAUUUUGGAGGACAAUUGAUCAGCCUUCAGUCAGAGAAACCGAUUAGUUUGGGAAAAUGGCAUACAAUCAAAGUCAAUCGCGUGAGGAAUAAUGGCUUUAUGCUUGUUGAUAAUCAAAAACCCGCUGUUUUUCCUGACAAGCUUAAAUUCCAUGGUGUGAACUUGGAUGACGAUAUGUUCAUUGGGGGUAUACCGAACUAUUCCAAUGUUCCAUCUACUGCCAUGCAAAUUAAAGAAGGAUUUGUAGGGUGCAUUAGUCGGCUUGUUAUUAACGGUCAAGACAUUCAACUACAUCAGGAAGCAAUAGUUAGUUACGGUACAACUUCUUGUGAAUCAUGUGCUGAAGAACCAUGUAAAAACUCAGGUACUUGUUUAGAGACACAAAGCGAUAGUGGAUAUAAUUGCGUUUGUCAGAAAGGCUAUACUGGAAAAGAUUGCCUUUAUAAGGGCGAACAAUGUGCAUCAAACUUAUGCGGGGUUGGAUAUUGUGAAGAGUCAAAUAAUGGUGCACUAUGUUUUUGUCCUAUCCACAAAACAGGAGAACACUGUCAGUAUACUGAGCAUUAUUCGGAUGAUACGUUAGCAUUUAAAGACGGCAGCUAUGCAGCUUACAACAGGUUCCAAACAAAGCGCAGUAUCAAACUGCGAUUUAAACCAGAAAACGUGGAAAACUGCCUUCUUUUAUACGCCGCUGAGAGCGAAAAAACUUUUGGAGAUUUUCUUGCAGUAGUAUUAUACAACAGACGUGUUGAAUUGCGAUACAGCGUAGCUGGAAAAACACCAGCGGUUAUUCUGCGAUCUACACUACCUGUCCAUAGUAGUCGUUGGCAUGAUAUAUCAGCUGGACGUAGCAGAGGAGGACUAGCCUAUUUACAAGUUGAUGAAGAGCCUUUGAUUAGUGAGCCUAAAGUUGGUAGAGCAACUGCAAUAUCACUCAAAACAAAAGUGUAUGUCGGUGGAUAUGAUAAAAGACUAUUUAUAAACCCAGCCGUUGGUAUUGAAAGAGGUUUUGAAGGCUGCCUAGCAAAUCUUGAAAUAUCUGAUAACGCUAUCAACAUGAUAGAUGAUGUGAAAGAUUCAGCAAAUAUAUACAAUUGUGGCUACCAGCAAAACUUUGUAGAUGAGUUUCACAAGUUGAAAGAAAAUAACGAAAUUGAUCCAUGCAAAGCAGGUUACAGUGGUUCCAACUGCGAUAUCAUAACAAACGUUUGUUUAGCACAGAAGCCGUGCCAAAAUGGAGGGCGCUGUAAUAUAAAAACUAUUGGCGUUCAAUAUAGUUGCGAGUGCUACUCGGGAUUCCUUGGACGUAACUGUGAGUAUGUUUAUGCAACCAAUAUAGGGUCACAGUUUACAGGGAAUAGUUUUCUUGAAUUGAAUCCCAAAUCACUUGUGGAUGGUUACAACCAAUAUGAAACUAAGCUGGCUGUAAUGAUCAGCACCAAGAGUUAUAACGGAAUGAUAUUAUGGUAUGGACAAAGAAACGAGGAUAACUUUUCUGGAAACGAUUAUAUAUCAUUAUCUGUUCAAGAAGGGUUUUUAGAAUUUGGAAUGCGAUUGGAUGGCGAAGAAUCUAUAUUACGUAAUAACGAUGUUUUUGUCGCUGAUGGUGAACAACAUAUAGCUGUAAUAACGCGUGAAGCUAAUCGUAACAGGCUAGAAGUGGAUCAUUUUCCCUCUCAUGGCGAAACUCGGCCAACUGGAAAGCAAGAAAUAUACCUCCCGGGAAAUAUAUACAUCGGAGGAGCCCCCGAUUUAAACCGAUUUACUGGUGAUCGCUUCAAUGAAAACUUUAACGGAUGUGUUUACAUCAUAGAAAAUCUCAAUACAUCCAGAGCCGUAGCACUCCAAAAUUAUGCUAUCCGCACAACAAAUGUCGAUAUUUGUGACGAUCCACGAUGGAUAGUACCGUCUUUAUUGUAUCCAGACGAGGAAGAUGGUGCCAUAGGAUUCGAUAAAAUGGAACAGCCUCCUCAGAUUCAUAUUAUUUUUCCAAAACCUUACAAUAAUGCAAUUUACGUUUUUGCCACAAAUGUAUGGACUGUUAUUGUACUCAUGACAUGUCAAACAGGAUUCAUGAAAUGAUAUGUACGUUAUAAUGUGCUCGAACAAUCGGAGAGCAUGCCGGAGUUGGGAAUCGAACCUCCAGUCGUAUAAAUCUAGAAUGUGCCAUUUCCUGUUAUUGCUGCGUAGUUGCGAAACAGUCAAAAAUAAAAUCCUUAUCUGCAUAAACUGGUAUAAUUGUAAACUUUUAUGCUGCAUAUGUUUCUCUUUUAACUAUAUUGAGCUAAUAAAAACAUUUAUGAAUAACACUAAGAAAUAAAAUAAUAAAUAUAUAAAUCAAACACAA